AUGGCCAUUGGCACAAGUUUCGUUAUUACAAAAAAGGGUUUGAUGCAUGCAUCCGAACAACAUGGCUUUGAAGGCGAAGGGUUCUCAUACUUGAAGAGUCCGAUUUGGUGGGCGGGUGUUAUUGCACUCGCCAUUGGAGAAAUUGCCAAUUUCGCCGCAUAUGCUUUUGCGCCCGCAAUUCUAGUGACCCCGCUUGGUGCGCUGAGUGUUCUGAUCGGUGCGGUUCUAGGCUCAUAUAUCCUGAAAGAGCGAUUGGGAACACUAGGUAAAUUGGGCUGUGCGAUGUGUCUUUUAGGCUCAGUCGUUAUUGUCCUCCAUGCUCCCCCCGACAAGCCCGUCGAAACCAUUGACGAUAUCCUCGGAUAUGCCGUGAAAUUCCCUUUCCUUCUAUACUGCUUGGCAGUCGCAAUCUUCUCGACAUUGAUGAUAUACCGAGUCGGUCCGUUGCACGGAAAGAAGAAUCCCCUCGUUUACAUCUCGAUCUGUUCCACUGUCGGCUCAGUUUCCGUCAUGUCGGUCAAGGCCUUUGGCAUUGCGGUGAAACUGACUCUUGGUGGAAAUAACCAAUUUGUGCAUGCAUCUACAUAUGUCUUUGCUAUUGUCACUGGUUUCUGCAUUUUGACUCAAAUGAACUAUUUCAACAAGGCAUUGAACUCAUUCCCAACCUCCAUUGUGAAUCCCCUCUAUUAUGUUACUUUUACGACCGCUACGCUCUGCGCUUCCUUUAUUCUAUUCCAGGGAUUCAACACCACAGAUGCAGUCAACACCAUCUCCCUACUCUGCGGCUUCCUCAUCAUCUUCACCGGCGUAUAUCUUCUGAACCUAUCCCGACACGAUCCCGACGGACGAAACCUCUCCCACUCCAAGCUCGACGACGAGGGCGUACCAACCGACGGCAUCGCAAGCUUCCAAACACGGCGAUCCAUGCAAUCCCGCCGAAGUUCCUCUAGCAUCGCAUUCCUCAACGGCCACGGAGACCGCGAGGGUCUUAUCCACUCGUACGAUCUCGAAAAUAACUCCGGCAUUGGUCUGAAUGAUUUGGCAGAGGAUACGGAUGGUGAACCUGGUCCGACUGUUCCGCACGGAGACAACGAGACAGCAAAGCAUACCAGACAUAAUAGUCAAAUUUGA